AACAUACAUAGCUGUCAUAAUAACAAUACAUUUAAAUUUCAUUUGUUUAUUAGAAAAAUAAAAAUAAGACAUAUAGAAGCUUCUAAAUGGAAAAGGAUAAUACAUCUGAAAAUUCACCUACACAUUCGGAAAAAAUAAAAGUUCAAGAUGAUUUAGUGAAUCAACUUGAAAACGAUGAUAAUUCAAUUAAUGGUGAGACCUGCAAUCUGUCCGUACAUCCUGAUGGUACUGACCAUGUUGAAGAGGACUUAGCGCUUAUACGUGGCGAUGCUAUUGGUACCACAUUGUAUAGUGAACGUUUUGUGCUUUCCACGUUGCUGAAGCUGACUAAAUUGGAGAAGGAGCUUUCUGAAAAUGAGACUUUUGAAAAUGACCUAUGUACAAUUUGGGAUAUGACAAUUGAAGAGGAUGUUGUGCAACUGCUUCUGGAGCAUAACGUACUGGAACUCUUUGCCGAUUGUAUAAUUGCGACAAAUGAUAAGCGUUUAGUUGAAAUAUUGGUGGGAAUAUUAGGAAACAUGUGCAAUUUCAAGGAAUCUCGUGAUGCACUCGUUAAGGAUACUUCGCUGGUUCAAACACUUCUAGAUUUAACUAAUUGUUCCGAUUCCCCGACACUUCUUCAACUCACCCGACUAUUUUCAGUUGUGCUAAUACAUGCAGAUCGUGGAACGGCAUUGCAGUGGUAUCAACAUAUAUCCUUUUGCCCCGAUUUCAUUAAAAAUAUUAUAUUUAUAUUAAGUAAUUCAAUAAACGAACAACUUCUUCGCCAAACAAUCGAAACUCUAAAUGCGAUAUUAGCAAAAUUUGCACUUAUUGAACCUAAUCAAAAAGUAUCUGAAAAUAAUACAGAGAUAUUGCCAACAUUUGAGCAGUUAUUUGUCAAUGAGUCUUUAAUAAAAGCCACAACGGAAGCAUUCCUAGCUUUACUACCGAGAAAAGAUAACCCGGAGUUACAAGAAAAUCAUGAUGAUGAUAACGAUGAUGUUGAAAGCACGAUUGUGCUUACACAGAGUACGCACAAUUUAAUGCAGAUUUUCCUCAACAUACACUGUAUAUUAACGCAGUAUGAUAACCUGUCACAAAAUAGUUAUUUUCCACAUAUUGAGUCACUGAUGGAUUGCUUAGGUUGUAUUCUUGAACCUCUAUGCAAUCCUAAGUAUAUUGAACACUUGUCCAAUCAGGAGCAAGAUCUUUUGGAAAGCAUCAAUGACAUCUUAGAGUCCCUAGGAGACCCUUUCGAUGAAAGAUGCCUGCUAUAUGCAAUCAGUAUUUGGAAUUUGUUAAGAUUGGAAAAUGAGCGACUUGCCCGAAAGACACCGCCAGGAAAUGAUUUUGAAGAUAAUGUAUUUAAAGAGGAUGAAUUUAAUUUUGAAACCAGUUACCUAACAAUACUCGAUAUGAUAGUUCGUGUGAUUAAUGCUGCUACUGAUCUACAGUUGGAAAAUGCUUUGAAAGAAAAUCUUGAUGACAAUAUGAGGAAUUUGCAAAAUACCCUUAGCAUUGGUGAAGACGAUCAACCAUCAAAGCGAUGCUAUUUAAAAAUACAAAAUGUACUAGAAAAUUUACAGCAUUAAUAAUUAUAACAUUAUUCUAUCCAGAAUUUA